GGUUUUCUGAGAUUUUAAUACUGAUGAUGCGGACUGGUUAACUUCGCACGUCUGUUCCGUGGCCCGGACGAGGAUAGGACCGCUGUAUUGAGGGCCAGAUGUUCUGUAAGAUGAGGAACACACAUGGCCUCCAUCCAUGUUUUGCGGAUCCGCACUUUGCAGUCCGCAAAACGCACCCAGUCAUGUGCAUGAGACAUUAGGCUGUGGUUUAUGCAAGUGUAGAACCUCAAAUCCGUGGGCAGGCGCACUAAGGGACUUGUGUGAACAUCGGCCACGUGUGAGAAUUCCCCCCCCCAGUAUGGAGGACGACCAGAAGGAGAACGCCAUUUGUCCGGUGACUAUACGGAUCCCCCGGUCGCCAUCAAAGCACCCGUCCUCUAUGGUAUUGACGGAGCUACAAUGUGCAGCAGAUAACUUACAAACCCCGACCAAACCAUGUGACAACAGCGACCCCUGGACGCCAACCGCGAACCUUAAAAUGCUGAUCAGCGCAGCGAGCCCGGAGAUCAGAAACAGGGAGCGUGAAAUUCUGGAGGAACAGUUUUCAGGUGACGAGCUUGAAAAAACGAUGCCAAGCCGCAAAGAGAAGAGUCUGGGACUGCUGUGCCAUAAGUUUCUCGCCCGGUACCCAGAUUACCCGAAUCCGGCUGUGAACAACAGCAUCUGCUUAGAUGAGGUGGCAGGGGAGCUACGCGUGGAGCGUAGACGGAUAUACGACAUUGUCAAUGUCCUGGAGAGCUUGCAUAUGGUCAGCCGCCUCGCCAAGAACAAGUACGUCUGGCACGGCCGCAGAAACCUCCACCAGACCUUUGAGUUGUUGAGACGAGUCGGCGAGGAGAACAAAUACGCCGAGCAGAUCCAGCAGCUGAAAAAACGAGAGCAGGAGGAGCUGGAUUUACAGGACGAUGCGUUGAUCCCCAAGUCACUGGUGAAAUCGGCAGAGAUCAGCUUCGUGGAGCUGCCCGGACUGGAGUUCAGAGCAGCUUCUGUGAACAGCAGGAAAGAGAAGUCGCUGCGAGUGAUGAGUCAGAGGUUCGUCAUGCUGUUCCUCGUGUCCACCCCGCAGAUCGUGAGCCUGGACAUCGCUGCAAAAAUCUUAAUUGGAGAAGAUCAACUGGAAGAUUUAGAUAAAAACAAGUUCAAAACCAAAAUAAGACGUUUAUAUGACAUAGCGAAUGUGCUGAGCAGCCUGAACCUCAUAAAGAAGGUGCACGUGACCGAAGAGAAGGGCCGAAAACCAGCGUUCCAAUGGACCGGUCCCGAAACAUCACCAGAUCAGCAAGCAGAAUCCACCCCCACCUCCACGUUACCCACCUCCACGUUACACACCUCCAUAGCUUUGGACCUUCGGUCUCCCAAAGAAAAUUGCGCCAAGAAUCUGUUCGCCAGUCGCGGCAAGCAAAGCUUCACUCGCCACCAGUCCCUUAUAAAACUGGCAAAAAGUAUUGAAAACGACAGGCGGAAGAUCAACUCUGCCCCCAGCAGUCCAGUAAAGAGCGCGGAUUCCUGCGAUGUCCCCAGUAAGAUGGCUCAGCUGGCAGCGAUCUGCAAAGAACAACUCGACCAGACUAAGGACAUGAAGAUGAAGCUCGGCGUGCCUAGAGGUGUCCUGAACGGGAACGCCAAGGUCGUCAUCAAGCCCCAGGGCCAGCAGUCCCAGUCUUUCAGCCCAGUUCUGCUCCAGGCCUUGCCAUUUGUCCAGCCUCACCCCAGUUCCCCCUCCCCGUACGCCGUCUAUAUGCAGCCUCCACAUGCCAGCGUCCUGUGUUCUAGUAAGACUGUGCUGGAAGCCCCUCAAGGAGAUAAGAAAGGUCUACAGGGGGAUGGGAAGAUCUCGCCCCCAGCAGAUCAACCUGCCGAGAGCGAGACCGUGCCAGAGAAAUGUUCCAGGAAAUUCCCAGAACAUGAGAUCUGCAGCAAGAGGCUGAAAAGUUCUCCGCGAGACGAUCUGUCCGAGAGACUGGUGCAUUCUGGGUACCUAAUCCCCGUACAGCUGGCGCCUUUGAGCGGUGAACCCGGAAAAGAUCAAGCAGUUUCCACCCCCGAUCCUAAAAUCCUCACGUCUCCUAUUACAGGCGUCUUUCCAUUGAAAGUGAUGUUCUCUCAAUGUGUGAGUCAGACGGCUCAGCCUGCUGGUUCUACCCCCGGCACAACCUGCCCCAGUCCUGGAAUAUUCAACUUCACCCUGCAGAACAAGGACCUGAUAUCGCCCCCUUGUGGCAGCGCGCACUCUGUUACGAUAUCUCCUAGAAAUGGGAAACCUUUAGAUGAUCCUCAGGCAGCUAAAAUGUUAAGUUUUAAGCACCUGUCACCCAUCCCAUAUCACGGGCAGCCCUUCACGUUGUAUGCCCUGCAGCAGCAGCCUGGUGUUCCACUAACACCAAAAGGAUCCCAACCCCAGAAGGACAGCUUCUUCCGCACCCCCGGGGGGCUGACCUCUUCCCCUGUGGAUUCUACCACUUGUACCGCAGCUUCUCAGGGGACAGUCCUUAUAUCGCAGCGGAAGCUUGACGUGGGUGGAGAGGAAUAACUGGCAUUUGCUCCGCUGUGCUCUUCUUGCAGGAGGGUUGUUGGCAGAUUGGCCGCAGGUUCCAACUAAAGAGUCCCUCAGGAGUCCUAUAUGGGCAGUGCAUCAUGUCCUUAUAACCCUAGAGGUGUCCUGCCUCAGCCACCCAGGGCCACGUGGGUUAUCUCCAUACAUUAAACCUGAAUGUUCUGUAACUCGUGAUGAGGUCUCCCCACAACAAAGCCAAGCAAUGUGAUAAUUAUCACGUGCCCGGCUCCAAGGCCUCCGAUCCAUGCCCGUCACAUUGGCAUUCAUGCUCUCCUCGCACAGAGUUGGGAUUGUUCUAGAAGGGGGCUCCAGAAUCUUUUCAAUGUCUCUGGGGUUCAGAGGUCAAUUAGCAGUGUUCAAUAAUGGCCGGGUAGACACUAGGCACGGCCUACGGUUUCCUUUUCAUUGCUCCACUUUUGCUGAGGUUUCUUCUAUUCCCAUUGUAAGUUCUGUCAGUUGCUCCUCGGCACUGGACAAAAUAUCAGUUUCUCUAUGUGUGACAUAAAGUUUAUUGUAAGUUCGGGAAACUUCUAAUAUACUGUCUUUGUUACAGUUCUGGUCAGAUCUCUGCUUGUUGCCAUUGAGUAGAUACAUCCUCCUCUUUCACAUCCUGAGGCUGAAAAUCCGUCCUGAUCACCCCAGCUGAUAGACAUGGACAGUGGAUGGUUUGUUACAGUGUAUUAGUGCUCUGUCUUGCACCAGAGUCAUUUGCACAUGAUCCGAUCUGGUUUUCAGCCUCUAGACUUCGGAUGGGCGCCAAUGUAUAUAGCUCACAAUGAUAUAUCUAGAAUGGGUACCAUGGUAGCAAACCCUCAGCUGUGAAAAGGAUCAGGUUUUUUACAUCUGAAAGGUAGCUAAGAGGGUUCUCCUUCACUGCUAGCAAGCAGAGAUUUUGACAAUGGUGAGGAAUUGGAACAUAAUGUCUAUUAGAAGUCAUUUUAAAUGAUAAAACAAUUAAGCUUUAUUUAAAUCAACCCAGAAAACCCCUUUUUAAGGGUCCAUUCACGGGUCCGCACCCUUUCCGGAAUGGGUGCGGACCCAUUCAGUCUCAAUAGGCCCACAAAAGAUGCAGACAGAACAUGUUGUGCUGUCCCCAUCCGCACCUCCGUUCCGCUGUCCCGCAAAAAAGUAGAAUAUGUCCUAUUCUUGUUCGCAAACACGGACAAGAAAAGACAUUUCUGUUAUAGUGCGGUCUGUAAAUUGUGGAACGCACAUGGCCAGUG